GUCACUACAAAGCCCCUCUGAGUCUCUCUCUCUCUCUCUCGCUCGCUCGAAAUCGAAUUCUCAUUCACGACGAUGUGGAGAAGAUCGGCGUCGUUCGUCCUCGACAAGCACCACAACAACAAACCAAUCUCUCUAACUCCCUCCCUCGAUUCUCCUCCUCCACUCUCCGAUUCGAUGGCGGAGGUAAACCCUAACCCUAAUCCUGUUUCGGCUUACUACCAAACGCGAGCGAAGCACCACGGGAUCGUGACGAGCGAUUGGCUAGAGCAGGCACAAGCCGCCGUGGUUCGCUACCCCGACAAGGAUUCUCCCGUCGCGGGAAGAAGACCGUUUAGCGUGAUUGAGGAGUUCGACAACUGGAGGCAGCAGCCUGAUUUGGCGGAGGCGGUUGCGGCGAUUCGGGCUCUUGCGGCGGUUAUUAGGGCUAGCGAGGCGACUACGAUGAUGGAGCUCGAGAUCGAACUCAAGAAAGCUUCGGAUACAUUGAAAUCAUGGGACACAACUUCUAUAUCCUUAACAGCGGGAUGUGAUCUAUUCAUGCGCUACGUGACUCGAACAUCUGCCUUAGAAUUUGAAGAUUUCAAUGCAGCAAAAGCCCGCGUACUUGGACGUGCUGAGAAGUUCGGAGAAAUAUCUUACAAGGCCCGGAAGAUUAUUGCAGUACUUAGUCAAGAUUUCAUAUUUGAUGGGUGUACUAUACUGGUUCAUGGCUUCUCCAGAGUUGUUCUUGAAAUACUAAAGACAGCAGCUCAGAACAAGAAACUCUUUCGAGUUUUGUGCACAGAGGGAAGGCCAGACAAAACAGGUGUACUGUUAGCUAAAGAGCUUGCAAAGCUAGAUGUUCCAGUGAAGCUUCUGAUUGAUUCAGCUGUGGCCUAUAGCAUGGAUGAAGUAGACAUGGUGAUUUUUGGAGCCGACGGAGUAGUUGAAAGUGGCGGGGUGAUUAACAUGAUGGGUACUUACCAAAUCGCUCUCGUUGCACACACUAUGAACAAACCAGUCUAUGUAGCUGCAGAGAGUUACAAGUUUGCACGCCUCUACCCGUUGGAUCAAAAGGACUUGGAACCGGCCUUGAGACCUGUUGAUUUUGGUGUUCCUGUUCCUCCUAAGGUUGAGGUAGAAAGAUCUGCGAGAGACUACACUCCACCUCAGUACUUGACUAUGCUAUUCACUGAUCUUGGUGUUCUCACUCCCUCUGUAGUUAGUGAUGAGCUAAUUCAGCUUUACUUGUAAGUAAAAGCUCGUCUGGGAACUUUCAUUUCUUUGUAUAAAAAUUAGAACACCAAUUUUUUUGGCUAUACAUAGACAUAAGCUUGUCUCUGAUUCUACUGCUUAUGUAGAAGGUUUUGGUGUGACAGAGAGAUUGUGACUUGUAAUCUUCACUCAAAACUGAUAUAAAAGUGUAUUCUUUAUAGAAUCAGUUGGCUUCUUAUUAGCUUA